UUCAGCGCUGUCACCCUUCCACCAAAACAAAACAAAACACACCAUCUAUCCGUUCCGGUGUUUGUAAUUUUCUUUGCGUAGCUAAUAAACCUUUGAUAAAUGGCACACGCAUUCGCAAAUGAACAAACGGAUCCUACAAUUCCGAUAGGCGCUAACAAAGGCGGACCACAUGGGCUGGGAGACCCCGAAGACCGUCGGCUACGGAAGGUUGAACUGGAGGUGCUGAUUCCGAAGAUAAUGCGGGAACGUGCUAAAACAGAGAAAUGUUUGCCGGAGGUGAAAGCAUUCGAAGAUUGUUGCAAGGGAUCGAGUUUGUUUAUGGUUGUGAAAUGCCAGGAACAGAACGAUGCCCUUAAAGCCUGCAGUUUGGAGUGGUACCGUAAUGAACAGUUCAAGAAGGAAUGUACCGAUAUAUAUUUGGCAGAACGAAGUGAAUUCCGAAGAACAGGAUUACCGAAAAAGUUUCGAAAGAAUAAUGCAACCGAUCAGUAAGGUUUUAAAUAGUUUUAUUUUGUUUCAGUUCAUAACUCAAGCAGAUGGCGAAGAUACAAAAACUUAGGAUAGUUUCCAUCGGUGUACGGUGAAGUGUUAAAUGGCGGAGAAUAAAAACCAGUGAUAUGUAAUUAAAGCCAGCAGACGAAAAUAGGA